AUGAAGCUUGCGUCCCUUUGCUCGCUUGUUUUAGCAAGUGCCCUGGCUGUGUGUGCCAGCAAUGUUGCUGUGUACGAGUUUUCGGGCGAAAGAAUCAUCGAAAAGAAGGAUGUGCAGAAAGUCUCCGUCAAUACUGCCCUUUUAUACUUGGCCGACAAAUUCGGCCUUGACGAGAACUACAGUCUCGGUGGAAAAGACGAGACUCUUGAGUUUAUUGACUCUGUUCAUCGUUUAGAUGCAGAUGAGGAGAAGCCUUCCCUUUUGGUUAUCUUAAAGGGUGUUGACUCUCCAUCCAACUUAAUCAAGGACCAUGAGGCUUCGUUUGAGGUCCGUGUGGACAAGAGAAAAUCUGUUAAGCACUUGACCAAGGCUCUUUUCAAAGACUUUCCAAAGCAAUACGCCAGAUUGGUCAAUGCAUCCCACGUUGCUCACUUGACUGAGGAGAUUAAGUACGUCUCUGGCUCCGGCUCCGCAGAAUUGACCCACGAUUUUAAACUCUUCCACCGUGAAUUGCCACAAAAAUGGUCUAACAUCGUUGAAUCCUUCAACUCAAAGCAGAAUGUUAUGGAGAACUUGGACUCCAGCUUGCAACUCGUCAACGACAAACUUUACAUCAGCGAGCUCAUGCAAUUGAUCAAGUUCUCUUCCAAGCAACACAAUGAUGCCUCGGUUGAAACUGACGAUGCUGACGCACCAGCUUUUGUUGUUGCUAACCUAGAUUCGCUCUUCUCCCUUGGCUCCAAAUUGGGAUAUGACGCCAGAACUUACAAGGUUGCCAAGGCAGCUUUGGUUGAUUGCAUUACAGCUUUGCAGAGCUCAUUUGAUGUAACUAUUGUUGCACUUGGACCAGAGCACAAACAUGCAUGCAACAAGGGCCAUAUGUCCAAGCGUAGUCAGGAGCUUAGCGAGUUGUUCUCCAACUUUGCUAAAAGAGAGACGUCAUCUUCUGGAGCUUGCUUUGCUGAUGAAAAUGAAUGUGGAGCUUCCACGCACAACUGUAACAGCCAUGGUAAGUGCUCUAAGGUUGGCGCCAAGUGUUGGCAAUGUGUAUGCUCUCCAACCUUUGACAAGAAGACUUCCAAGACCACAAAGUGGACCGGUUACGACUGUGCAAAGAAGGACAUUGCUGCCCAAGCUCAGCUUUUGUUGUGGACCUCCAUUGCCUUGUUGGUCACCUUAGUUGGUGGUAUCAAGCUUCUUUUCAAUAUUGGCAACGACUCCUUGCCCGGUGUUUUGGAGGCUGCUACUCUCAAGAAGGCCUCUUAA